CAAAACUGUGCUGCAUUUCAUAUCACACAUCAGACAGGUUACAGAAUACUGGGAGAUUCCUCACACAGUCGUAAGCAGUUAAACCUCGUCUAAGAAUUGCUGAUCCACCGAGUCAAGUUAGGACACCCGGAACGGAAUCCGGACUGGAUUUGCGAUGGCAACUGAAGAAGAUGAGAGAAAAUUAAACGAACUUCUCCAAAUCAAUGGAUUAAAGGAAAGUCUUGAUUAUCUGCAAAGCCUUGCUAGCGACCAACGCUCCGAAAAAGCAGGUAUACGUAGCCAUAUAGUCAAACUAAAGCAACACCUCUGUGAAGCUAUCAAAGAUCCAGAAAAUAUUUUUGCUGCUGUCGCAGCAGUUCUUGAGUUGAUGGGCAAAAUUAUCCCAUUUGGUCUCCCCUUUACCUUAGCAUCCGUGGCGAUCACAGGACUUCUGAUAUUGUUCAAGUUUCUCUCCAAAAAGUCAUCCAAAAUGAAGGUAAUUGAACAGCAGACUUAUCUUGAGGCCGACAUUCAGAAAAAAGCAUUUGCUGUGCAUAGUGCUUUAUCUUCCUCUCUUCACUAUCUCAAGGGCAUACACCAACGGAAACUCAACGACCAUGAAAUUGAUAUAGUGCUAGGUCAGGUUCCGCGAGAAACGGGUACCGAGUUCCUUGGAGUGCUUGAAUACAAAAUAAAGGAAUUUCAAAAUGGAAAAGCAAACAAGCAGAAAGGGAAGAAAGAAAAGAAAGAGACAGAGGAAAAAGAAGAGGAUACGUUAAAAAGGUGCAAUGCUAUCAUCGCCCUCAUUGAUCUGUACUGUGUCCUGUCCUGUUUGAGAGAGUUUGUUAUGUACUACCUUGUAACAUUACUCGCCAACAACAGAGUUCCCGAGAAAAUAACGGAGAGUUAUCUUGAGAGACGAGAACAUUUCAAAAACAGCAGAGAAUCAAUUUUGAAAGUUCUUCAUGACCCUGAAGCGAAAGAUGCAAGUGUUUCUGCCGUGUUCAAUCUUAACACAUGGCCAAAGCUCAGUCAGCAACUCGAAUCGCGUCCCGACUUAAGGGAUUUGAUAGAUCGUCCCUGGAAUGUUGUGUCUGCCUCUAACGACAGGUUUGCGAUGUUUCGGUGUUCGCCUAAGACUAGAAAGCUGUUCACACUGACAAGAUACGUUCGCGUCAAGACGUUCGUGGACAAUACUGAAACGAAAUUUUUGAUGCAAUCUGAAGGAAAUCGAGAUUUCACAAUACAUCUCUGUGAACAUGAUGACUUUACGUGGAAAAUGAGUGGAGAUCUCUUAGAAGCUUCUAGAACGACCCAAGCAGAACAACGUGUCAAAUUCAACAUCGUACGGUUAUCCAAUGGAAAUGUAAUGUUUUCAUCAAAGAAUCGACCAACUUGCUUUGUCAAAAUGGAAAAUGCAAAAGAUGACGCGCGACUGAGUGUAGCCAACAACUCAUUUGACGAGACUUGCCAGUGGAAACUUCUCUAAACCACGUGUAACAUAUCACUGCUUCAUAUGGUUGGCCUUCACACACGAUAACUUUCCCAACAGAAGAUUUAUUUACCGGUGUUCAAUUUUGACAGUAUUUGACGUAGAAGGAAUUCUGCCAUUAUAACUAUAUUGGCUCGACCUGGUGCAACAUCGUUUAUCUAAAUCCUUUAAUGCGGACGUCUAUCCGAACAUUUAUACUAUCUAACAUGUGUUUCCAUAAUCUACAUUAAUUGUAAUAUAAAUAAAUUCAAUUGUGUUGGUUAUUUGACAUCGGCAAUCAUGUAGUGUUCCCUGGCGUCGCUAAAAUUUAGAGUUUUGUGCUCAGGAGUAGAUGGUUACAUUUUGGUGCGCUAUUUCUUUUGUUUGAUGAUCCUGUGUGCUAUAUGUUGGUGCUUUACGUUGUCUCAAGCUACACAUCGAUCCAUCAGUCUAUUGUGUUACGGUUGCUGUGGAGCUCAGUGACAAAACUGGAUCCUCUAUAACCUUUGUUUGCCCAGGUAUUUUACUGAAUUCCCUCAACGUUGCAAGAUUGCAGUACAAGUCAAGGUGAUCAACUAUGGCUUUAUAUCGAACUCGUCGCUUUCCUCGCAGCGCUUCCUUGGAGACUCUUGUAUGACGUCAAAUGCCUCCAAGAGUUCUUCGCUUGUAGUUGUUGCCAUGACUAUACCAUUUCACUGUAAACAAAUCAGAAGCGUUUUAGUAAAAACAUAUAAUGCAACAUCAAAACCUGGUGUUUGUCAAUAAUGAAAAUACAUAGUGUUGGUUACCCCAGUCCAAAGGAAGAAAAGUUCAGG